AUGCCCUCACAGACUCUCUCCGAGCGGGCAUACGGCCUGGUUCGGCUCUUCUUCAUCUUUUCCGGACUAGCGCUUCUUGCAGUGACCGUCUAUCUCGCGGACAGGUUGGGUCGGAGACACCCCGAGCAGAUAUUGAAGCCGAAUAUCGCUGCGGCCUCGAUCAGCAUUGUCGCUGACGCCCUUGCCGUCGUUCUCUUCUUGCAACAGCGCUGCCGCGUCUUUAUCGCCGUGGUAAUUCUAGACAUCGGCAGCAUCGUUGCGGCGUGCCUAGGCAUUCCGGCGGUGCUUUCGAGUGCCAAUCGAUAUGCCGGCGACGUCAGCCCUCGGCACAAACGAUGGCGCGCCUCUGAUCUGAUCGUGCUUGGUCUCACGAUUCUAGUUUUCCAGGCGUACGAGAGAAGAAGAAAGUUCGGACUGUGA